AGUGAACGGGACGAAUGUUGGGUCCCAAACUUUUACGCGAUUUACCCACAGAAGUAAUGCUGAACUACACUCAUUGGAUGGGGUUUAAAAUGUUUCUUUUGUUCUGAAAAGUCAAGAUAUAUUUCCGGAUCGUCUACAGUGCAAUGAAUCGGAAUUGUAAUUCGAGGGGGUCGGCUCUCCGCAGGCGGGAGCGGCGCGCAACCCACGGUUAGCGCGACCUCGGAACGUUCUGGAGUGGCAGCCUCGCCACCGGCCGGGAUGCUGCGGCACAGCAACGGCGGCGGGAACAAGCGCUCCCUGGGCCUCGGGCGCCUCCCCGGCCCGCACCUCCUCCCCUCGUCGGGCGGCUCGGGGACGUGGGGCACGGGUCGCUCCGCCAAGAGGAACUCCUUGAGCGCCCCGGGCUCCCGGUCGGGCAGCGCGGACGGCCCCGGGGCGGACCCGGAGUACAUCAUGCAGCUGGUCAACGAUGUCCGCAAGUUCGCCGACGUGCUGCUGCGGUUGAAGGAGGCCUUCCGCUCCACAGAAACCCAGGACUGUUCACCCCAGAUGGUGCAGGAGAGGCUGGGUGAACUGCUCCGCUCGCUGAAGGCCGUCAUUGGGAAACACCAGGUCCUCAACUCCGUGGACGUCCUCAGUGCUGCCGGCACCGUCAUCGCCAAGGUCAAAGGCGUGAACUUCAAGGAAGCUAACGAGGAAAACGGGCGCCUCAUUUUUGGCGAGAUACACAGCUCUAUCGACACAUUGGCAUUCACGUUUGGCAAUGUAGUGUCGGACUUCCUUAUGGGAGAUGUGGACAGCGAAACGGUGUUGGGGCUCCCCCAGACAAGGAGAAGCCGGUCUUUUGAGAACUUAUCAGUGGAGUCUGGAAGCUCGCUCCCGGAGAAAGAUGACCCACCAGGGCCCCUGUCGCGGGUGGAGGAUGUGGACUGCACCCUGCUCAGGAUCGACAGCGGCGUGGAGUCAGCGCUGCUCUACGCCAAGGCCUGGUCCAAGUACACCAAAGACGUGCUGGCAUGGGUGGACAAACGGCUGAGUCUGGAUGUCGAAUGCGCAAAAAGCUUUGCAAAAAUGGCCGAAUCUGCAAAAACACUCGCCAGCCAACAGGAAUACAUGCCAUUCAGGGAUAUUUAUAUCUCUGCCUUCAAAAAUGACAUUGAGUACAGCCAAGUCCUGCUUCAGACUGCUGCUGUACUGCAGACCAACAAAUUCAUGCAGCCUCUGCAAGCUCGGAAGAAUGAGCUGGAUAAGCUGAGGAAGGAGCUGAAGGAGCAGUGGCAGCGUGAGCAGAAGAAGAUGCAAGAGGCGGACGGAGCCCUGCGGAAGGCCCGGCUCCUGCAGACCCAGAGGAGGGAGGAUUAUGACAAGGCCCACUCCUCCACCAGCCGGGCGGAGGAGGAGCAGCUGCCCGGCGGGGCCAAGCAGCUGGAGAAGAAGAGGAGGCUGGAGGACGAGGCGCUGCAGAAGGCAGAGGAGGCUAAUGACCAUUACAAAGCCUGUGUCGCUGACUUCCGGCAGAAGCGCGUGGACCUGGAUAAGUACAAGAGCGAGAUCCUGGCGCGUAUCCGGGAGCUGGUCUUUCAGUGCGACUUGACUUUGAAAGCCGUAACAGUAAACUGGUUCCAGCUCCAGCAGGCCCAGGUGGUCUCACUGCCAGUGAACUACCAGGCCCUGUGUGAGAGCGCCAAGUUUUACGAGCCAGGACAGCAGUACUCUGAGUUCGUGAGGACCCUGCCCAAAGACAGGAGUCCGGUGGAUUCGCUCUCCUUUGAUCUCUAUGGGCCUCCAAACGCAGGGUUUUCGUUCACAAAGAGGUCGACAGGGAGCACCCACUCCUCCCAGGGGAACCUGUCCCAGGUGUCGGUGACGUUGGGUGACUUUCACAGCACCGACGAGGUUGAGAGUCCUGUCCACACGCGGGCGGGGAAGAUCGGAGAUCGCCGCUCAAACAGCAGCACCGAUAUCCAAGUGCUGAGGACCCAAGGCCCCAUCCGAGCCUGGGGCACGGGCAGCCAGGGCGGGGGGAUGUGUAGCGAUUCGGAGAGCGCAGGGGGGAGCAGCGAGUCCCGCUCCAUGGACUCCCCCACCGCCAGUCCAGGUACAGGCGAUUUUAAGAGACGACUCCCCAGGACACCUUCUACAGGAACCAUGUCCUCUGCAGACGACCUGGACGAGAGAGAGCCCCCUUCCCCCUCGGACAACGGCCUGGGUGAGAUGGCGACAGAGACGGCAAGCUCCCCCGGACCCUUCCGGAAUGCCCAGAUGUCCAAGGCGGCUCAGACCCACAAGCUCCGGAAACUGCGCGCGCCGUCCAAGUGCCGGGAGUGCGAUGGCCUGGUUGUGUUCCACGGGGCGGACUGCGAGGAGUGCUCUUUGGCAUGCCACAAAAAGUGUCUGGAGACACUGGCUAUUCAGUGCGGUCAUAAGAAGCUCCAUGGAAAGCUUCAUCUCUUUGGGAUCGACUUCACCCAGGUCGUCAAAAACAGCCCUGACGGAAUACCCUUCAUCAUCAAAAAGUGUAUCUCGGAGAUCGAAAACAGGGCCCUAAAUAUCAAGGGUAUCUACCGUGUGAAUGGAGCGAAAUCUCGAGUUGAGAAGCUUUGCCAGGCUUUUGAAAAUGGGAAGGACCUGGUGGAGCUCUCUGACCUCUACCCUCACGACAUCAGCAACGUACUCAAACUGUACCUCCGACAGCUACCCGAACCUCUGAUCCUGUUCCGUUACUAUAACGACUUCAUUGGCCUGGCGAAGGAGAGCCAGGGCGCCAUCAUGGACGAGGUGGACGCGGCGCGCAAAAGCCCCGCCUCCGAGCAGCCCCCCCUCAGCGUGGAGCUCAACCGUGUCGUCUUAAAGAUCAGAGACCUGCUCCGUCACCUGCCCUCCGCUCACUACAGAACCCUGCGGUUCCUCUUACAGCACCUGUACAGAGUGACAGAAAAUGCAGACGAGAACAAAAUGACCGCGAGCAACCUGGGCAUCAUCUUCGGGCCGACGCUGAUCAAGCCCCGGCAGACCGACGCCGAGGUGUCCCUGUCCUCCCUGGUGGACUACCCCUACCAGGCCCUGAUCGUGGAGCUGCUGAUCCGUCACUUCCACAAGAUCUUCGACGCUCCCCUCAGCCCAACCACAGCCGCGCCCCCGGCCGGGGAGGGAUCCCCCCUGCCCCCGAAGGGCGUGGUCACCCGCCUGACCGCCGAGGAGAAGGAGCUGCGGCUCAGCCGGCACUCCAGAUCGCUUGGUGACAUCAAGGAGCAGAGUGCUAAAGUCUUGAAAAGGCACUCUGCGUCUGUGAUCCCUUCCACACACCUACAGGGUGAAGUAAAGGCAGCAAAAGCCAAGCCAGACGGGGCAGACUUUGCAGCCGCUGUGGCUCGGAAUUCUGAGAAACUCAAUGGGCUCUCAUCGUCCGGCCAACCGGAGAUCCAGAGAUCCACACUGGUGAUCAACAGGCCCUACAUCAGCACGACCAAAGUCCAACUGCGAGCGCCCCGGGGCAAGCUGGGGUCCCGGCCCAUCAGUAUGCCCGUGGACCACCGGCUCGGCCCCGCCCAGCUCAGCGAGCGCAAUUCCAGAAACGCUUCCGAGCGCGAGCGGACUCCCGCCAUCGAGGAGGGGGCGGAGCCGGAGCGGCCCGUCGCCAGGGUGGGCGGGCACUACCGGAACACAUACAUUGACACGCAGACUCUGAGGCGGACGUGGGACAGGCAGUACAAACAUUUCGACAUGACGCCGAGGACCGCCAUGAUCGUGGCCAACGCGCCCCCUGCCUCCACUGCAGGGGAGUCUGGGAAAUGUACUGUCGCUGGCUCUGUCUCUCAGGCCGCAGGGAACAACACAGUCAGUACAGUCAGCACGCUCUUCCCCAACAUUCCUUACACAGUCUCCAUCAGGCCCGGAAGGACCCUGAGAAGGGAGGACAACGUCAGCGAGUCCAACCCCCUUCCACCUACCUUCAGGGCGCCACGUACCUUGCAACCCCCACCCGGAACUUUCUAUGAACCCCCCUCCAGUAGCAGGGCAAAGCUGCCUACCCCCACGGAGCCCAAGUUGAGCACCGUGGCUGACAGCAGCACAGAAACAAGGACAGGGCCAGAGACAGGGUCUGAGACAGGGCCAGGGCCAGUGCCAGAGACAGGGCCCGAGACAGGGCCAGGCACACUGGAGUCCGUGGACAGCAGCUUGGACUGCGAGGCCUCGCCCACAGAGUCCCUCCCCCCACCCACCGCCUCUGUCUCCCCGCCCCAGUCUCCCAGCCAGAGCCCUGAGAACCACAGUCCCACCGAAGCUAGACCAGUUUAUCAGCGCCUCAGACCCCGUCGGAUGCAGGAGUUUGAGCACAGGGAAGCGCAUUUCGUAUGACCCUCAAACAAACUCAAAAGUUGCAAAUAUUUUUUUAUACGUAUAUAUCCAUAUAUAAAUUGAACUUUUGUGCCAUAUUGUAUAUUGGAAAAAAGAAGGAAAAAAAAACUUGUUAUUUUGGGGGAAAUCACAAAAUUUUUCAAGAGCUGUGAAAAAUGACCACAUAAGUGUUAUGUUCGUUAAUAUAUUCCUUGUUUCCUGUUUAUGAUGUUACAUUUUGAGCUCGAAGGAACAGUGGUUGAUCCCAAAUUUAUCCACUUACUUGGAAAAGUGUGUAUUUAUUAGAUAUUUAACACAUUAGUUACUGUUGCUUUAUUAAAGUAAUAAGAACUAGACCCUGUAAUAUUCUGAAUUUACAUCAGCAAUUACUGUCAUAUCUCUUGAAAAUAAAGUACUUUUUUUGUAAA